AUGGGUACUGAUAUCAUUAUCAAUCACAAUUGUAGGGCGGCUACAGGCAAGCGAGCAGAUUUCCAGAAACUCCUUUACGACUCAACUGUCAAGCGAGGAAUCAAUGUACGGUUCAACAGCGUUGUAUCAGCCUUGGACGACGCGGUACCCAGUGUGACACUGACAUCAGGCGAGACGAUUAAAGCAGACCUAAUCAUAGCGGCAGAUGGAAUCAACUCCACGAUCCGCCGAACGCUCUACCCGCAUUCAGAACAAACUUUCAGCGGGAUCGACGACUACAUGACCUCAAUACCGCGUUCUGUGCUUGAAUCCCACCCAGAUCUAGAACCACUCCUGGCUUCCGCCAACCUCUGGUGGGGACCGACCGGCGGCGUGAUAGCCGGAGUUUCAGGCGUCGGCUCUGAAGAACGAUACUACGUGGAGUUCUGCCACAUCCACGGCAGCGCUGGAAGCGAAGGCAACUGGUCCAAGGAAGCAGACAUCGGUGAACUGCGGGAAUUGUUCGCCGACUGGGAUCCUAGACUGCGGAUGCUGCUGGAGCAUGUAGAGAGUGCGAAAGUCUGGAGGCUUGCUUAUACACAGGCUGGGUUGGAGUGGGUUAGUCAGAGUGGAAAGGUGCUGCUGGUAGGCGACGCGGCGCACGCUAUGCUGCCUCACGCCAUGGCGGGUGCAACAACCGCCAUUGAAGAUGGCGCCUCGCUGGCAGAAUGCCUUGGGCGGAUCACCUCAGCCACAGAGAUCCCCAAAGCACUGCACGCUUUCCAGUCUAUUCGCAAGCCUCGACUCGCAUUCAUCCAGAAUGAGGGCCUGAACCGAGCCAAGAUGUUCCACCUGCCGGACGGACCGCAGCAGCAGGGCAGGGACGAGAUGUUCAAGAAGAAUCCCAUGAUGGGAGCCCCCGCCUGGGACGGUAAUCAUAUCGAUAACCCGCCCGAUGAGACGCAGCGUCACCUCGGAAUGCCUUACGUUGUGGGCCAUCAAGUGAUUCACUUUACGAGGAGGAGAUUGGAUGAACUUUGGUAG